GCCCCCCGCCGAGGGGAGGGGGAGACGGAAAUGGAGGGCAUCUUCGCGCACCGGGUCGCCUCCAGCCGGGCGCCGGCUGAAGAGCGCGUUAGGGGUAGAGCCGGGGGCGGUGAUCGCAGGGGAGGUCGAGGCUAGGGCUCCGACCCGCAGCUGGAGCAGGGUCGCGGCGGCCCGCUAACCCGCCGGUGUUUGUGUGUAUGUGCCGCGCAGGGAGACAUGGAGAACUGUUUGGCGGCCGCGGCGCUGAACGGGGUGGACCGACGUGCCCUGCAGCGCACGGCUAGACUGGGUCAGGAAGUGCUGGAGCGGGCCAAGAGGAGGGCGGUGGACUGGCAUUCGCGGGAGCUUCCCAAAAGCGGCGUGGGGUUCACUUCUCGGGAGCGGCCCCACCGAGAAAGACGGCCCGCAGCCGGCGCCCAGCGCCUUCUCCCGGGAGAGAGAGAAGAAAGACAACCAACCCUUAGUGCUUCUUUCAGAACAAUGGCAGAAUUCAUGGACUAUACUUCAAGUCAGUGCGGGAGAUACUAUUCAUCUGUGCUGGAGGAAGGGGGGGCGGCCCACGUCUCUCGUUAUCACAGAGGGAAGUCGGAGCUGCACUGGUGCUGGGACAGGGGGAAUGUCCAGGCUGAGAACACCUCUAAGGACCUCUACAUAGAAGUAUAUCCAGGGACCUAUUCCGUCACUGUGGGUACAAAUGACUUAACCAGGACUCAGGUGGUAGCAGUCGACUCGGGACAGAGUGUGGAUUUGGUCUUCCCCGUAUGAUUCUUUUCAUAUUUACACAGUAAUCCUGCUUUCAGGGCUGACUGUAGAGGGUCAGCCUUCCUGGGAACUGGAGUUUGUCUCCUUCAGUGCCUAUUUUAACUUAAACGUCUAGAAGCCCCCACCCCCACUUUCUGCUGAAAGUCAUAAUGUAAUAAUGCUGUCCGAAUAGUUUUUAACUGCUUACUUUCCAGGUGAAGGUGAAUUGUGAUAAUAAAGGGAGCGAUUUGGAAAUGAAGAGAGUUCGUUUUUAUUGGCACGGAGAGGUGAGACAGUGUCGCUCGUGGGCAGCUGUAGGUUUACGAGAAGGCGACAGAGAGGCUGCGGAAGCGUUUGCCCGGAGCAGGCCAACCACGCCCUGUGCUUCUGGCCGGACCGCCGGGCUCCUGGGCCCCUCAGCGCAGGUGCCUUCGCGCCGCUCGUGUGCGGGGAAGUGUGGUGCGUGAGGACGCGGCUGCUGUGCGCCCGCCACGUGUGACCUACGCUCUGCCCCCGCCGCCGGAGGGCUUGGCCGCCGCUUAGCGCCUCCUCAGGUGGUUAGCACCACUGCUCUUCUAGCUUCCUGUAAGAGGAAAAGUCCUGAGGGUCUGAUGCGGACUGUAAUUUGAGAGAUCAGAAGUCACUGAUUUUAAAAAGUCCAUGAUGUGCCCUAAACUCCUCAGAGACGCCAGGCCCACAGCAGUGCUGUGUCGGCCAGUUCGGUUUUGCCUGAUAGUUCAUCUCAUUCUUUCUGAACAUGACAGGUCCUUCCUCAGGACAAACGCCAGUGUUUUAUGUGAUGAGAACCAAGUUUUGAGUAGGGCUGUGUUAGCAUUCCUAGUGAGGAACAGACUCCCACGGACGGAGGGCCUCGUCAAGCAGACCCAUGCCCAUGCCCAUAGGGUCAAGUGUCACUUAAAUGAGAUCCUCGCCUCCGUAAGAAGCCUGUGAUCAGCUCUGUGGGUUCUGUAAGCCUUCGGAAGUGGAAUGCAAAAUUGUGGGUGUGUGCAUUUUCCUGAGAAGAGAGCGUGGGAGUUCUCAUUCUCAAAAGGGGCAUGAAAACCACGUGAGGAGUCCUUAGGAGCCCCUUCCCAACCAGCCUGCUUUACCUGGCUCCUCAGGGCUCUCAGUCUGAGGGCAUUCUGGUCUCUCUGGUGGGUUGCUGUUCCCUGACUCCAUUUUCUGUGUUCACCGUCUUCUGGCGGGGUCUUUGGUGGCUUCACGCCACUUGCUUCCAGGACCAGCUCCUUCGUAUUCCCCGGCACUACACUCUGUCCCCUUUGUUGUUUGUUGCCCCUCUUUUCUCUCCAGGUGGUUCCAUGUCUUGUUCCUAAACCCCAAAUUCAAUGAGUUAUGUUGCACGUGCCACCAUGGGAUUAGUCCUGAUGACCGAAGUAGAACUAUGUGAAGGAUCCCAGAAUCUAACUGGAAGCUCCUACCACUGCUCUCUAUUUUUAAAGUGAAAUAAAGGUUGUGUCAUUUUUGGCCA